CGCUGUUUGUUCGGAAUAACGUUUAUUCCUGAGCAACCAGAGACGCAGAAGCCACGCAUUGGGCAGGGCACUGGAAACCCGUUUAGCUGCUAUACACAGGAGCUUUUGCAAGAGAACAAUAUCAGGACAAAAUCCGUGCAGAAUCGAAAAGGGGAUGACGUAGGAGCUCAGGCCAGAGACAAAGUGCAGAGAUGAGCCUGACAUCCUGGUUUCUGGUAAGCAGUGGGGGCACACGACAUCGGCUGCCCCGGGAGAUGAUUUUUGUUGGCCGUGAUGACUGUGAGCUCAUGCUUCAGUCUCGCAGUGUCGACAAGCAGCACGCCGUGAUCAACUAUGAGCCAGCAAGUGAUGAGCACAAAGUAAAGGACUUGGGGAGUCUUAAUGGGACAUUUGUGAAUGAUGUCCGGAUCCAGGAGCAGAUGUAUAUCACACUGAAAAUUGAUGACAAGCUAAGGUUUGGAUAUGAUACCAACUUGUUCACUGUGGUCCGAGGAGAGCUUCAUGUUCCAGAGGAGGCGUUAAAGCAUGAAAAGUUCACAAGCCAGCUUCAGCUGGGGAAGAAGCUGGUCUGCACAGAGUCACCCAAAACAGCCAAAUCUCCUACAGCCAAAGGCGCAGAAAGCAAAGCUGCUGAGCCCAUCCCUGUCACCGAAGCUCCUGCCAAAGUGGCUGAAAACAGCAAGACUGAUGAAAAAAUGCCAGGUGAUACUGCAGCAUUGCACAGAGGAACACCUUUGUAUGGACAGCCUUCUUGGUGGGGAGAUGGCGAUGCUGACGACGAGAACUCAUUUAAGCAGGAGAAUAAAGCCGCAGGGAAAAAACAGGAGACUCCUGGGACAGACACCAAGGAGACUAAGCGGACAGAGAAAGCUAAAGAGAAUGGUGUGAGCGCUGCAGGCCCUGAGCCCAGCUACUUUGAGAUCCCAAGUAAAGACGGCCAGAUGUCAGAGGACAGAAUUCACGAGGUCCCAACCAAGGACACGGAAAGCAGCGCAGCAGCAAAAGCCGCCCAAGCCAACACUUCCUUUACAAUAGAGUUCGAUAACACCUCCCCUGGGAAGGUGACCAUUAAGGAUCAUGUGUCACGUCCAAGAUCUAAAAAAUCGCAGCCAGGGAGUAAAGAGCUCAGCAGCCUGCAGGCAGCCAUCAUGGCCUCGGAGAGUAAAGUGGCCGACUGGCUAGCACACAACAAUCCUCCCAUAGUGAGGCGUGAGUCCACAGAGGACGACAGCAAGAGCAUUAAGAGCGAUGUCCCUGUUCACCUCAAGAGGCUGAAAGGCAGCAAGCACGAGGAUGGCACCCAAAGCGACUCAGAGAACGGCCUCGGCUUGCGUUUUGGUAGCCGACGCCACGCCGCUCUAGAGGAGCGCUUGAAGGCAGCUGGCCUUACACGUGCCAAAGUCACCGGGGCAGAGGGCUCGGGCUCCACCAGCCGCACCGCCUUCACCAUCGAGUUCUUUGACGAGGAGAACCCGCGCAAACGCCGCUCCUACUCCUUCUCCCAGACAGCACCUCUUCUAGGAGGUAUGGUAGGAGAAGGGCUGUGUCCGGCACCACCCUCCCAUCCUAAGGGCACUUCAUCAGUGCUGGCAACGGUGGCACCAACAGCGGCACGGCUACUGCAGAAAAAAAGGUCAGAAGAAAAGACAACGACUCCUGUGGAUGAGACACAGAAGCAGGACGAUGAGCAGAGCGACAAAGGUACCUAUACCAUCGAGCUGGAGAACCACAAUCCUGAGGAGGAGGAGGCCCGACGCAUGAUUGAUAAGGUGUUUGGGGUGAAGAACCCUCCCGAUCCUGGCUGCACAGCGCAUCAGAAAACUAAGGACAGUAAGAAGGCCAGCAGCACUAAAGCUGAGGGCCUUUUGGUGGAAUCGGUUGCUGUUGGAAGUCCACAUUGGGUUUCCCAGUGGGCCACUUUAGCUGCCAAUCACACAAGAACUGAUCCUGAAGGUUCUGGAGCAGAACCCACACACUUUGUCCAUCAAGAGCGAGAAGCUGAGACAUUUGAGUCAGGUGUGUCUUUGAGGAGCACUGGCUCUGCCACCUCCAGCCAGGCUGAACGGAAGAGGAGGACACUGCCUCAACUACCCACUGAGGAGAAGAGCAGGCUGGGGAAGUCCACCCCUUCCACAGGACUUCGCUCUGAGAUUGGUGAGAAGCAAGACACUGAACUACAAGAAAAACAGCACAAGGGUGAUGGUGAAUGUGUUUCCACUCCAAGCAAGAAGGACGCUACUACAAGUGGAAAGACAAACCAGGUGCAGAUGGCCUCUUCCAAGCCUCCUGUGCCUCCUGUGGGAGAUGUAGAGAAGCAGAGUGAGGACGCUCGCAGGAGGCGUGCUGAGGACAGGAGCAAAGGGAGUGAUGGCGAACGGAGUGGGAAGCCCCUGGUGCGUCAAGGCAGCUUUACCAUAGACAAACCAAGUGCCAAUGUUCCACUUGAGCUCAUCCCACGUAUCAACCAGCGCCAGUCUGGGGGCAGAGAGCGCAGUGACUCAGCUGGCAGCAUGGACACAGCCACGCUGCUUAAGGACACUGAGGCUGUUAUGGCCUUUCUUGAGGCCAAACUGCGAGAUGAGAAAAAGCUGGACCCUUCGCCACCCCCUGGCUACCCUUUAGGACGCUCUUUUUCCCCAGAGUUGGGUUCUGACACAACUAAAGCAACUGGUCGCACUGAAGUGCCGCAGAAGCGCCGUUCUCUCAGCAGUAUGCACAGAGAGAAAAGCAACAUGAGCUCAGCUGGAAAGAGCACAACCAAUGCACGGGAGCGAUUGGAAAGGAAAGCCAAGCCCAAGACAUCAGAUGGGCGUUUGGAUACACGUCGUUCUUCCCAUACAAGUCAGCGGGCCCGCCAGCCCUCCAUGGACUUGACUGAUGAUGAGCAGACAUCCUCGUUACCGAUUUCUGAUGUGCUCUCUGAUGACCAGGAGAAUGGACGUAACCCGUUCACUUUCACUGAUGACUUGUUGCACUCCAAACUGGACUCCUCAAAGGUCACUAGAGCAAGCAAAUCGAACAGGACACCCCAAGCCAGCACUACUCCCAUUGGCAAGCCUCAGUUGCCUCAGCCUCGGCCCACAAGAGCAUCUCUCCUGAGACGUGCUCGACUUGGAGACACAUCUGACACAGACCUGGCAGAUGCAGACCGAGUCUCAGUUGCAUCUGAAGUGUCCACAACCAGCUCUACAUCCAGACCACCAUCAGGCAGGAAGGCACCAUCUCGGCUCGAUAUGUUGGCACAGCCCAGACGCACCAGGCUCGGGUCCAUGUCAGCACGCAGCGACUCUGAAGCUACAAUAUCCCGCAGCACUACCUCAAGGAUAUCAUCUGAGACAGCUUUGAGACUAGGCUUGCGCCCCACCAACCCGGCAGACAGCAAACUUAACCCACGUCUCCGGGCAAACAGCGUCUCCAAGCUGACAGACACCAAAUCUAAGACCACGCCUUCUAUCACCAGUGCUCCUGCAGCCAGCAGCAGGUGGCGGCGACUUAAUACGGAAUACGGUUCCACCUCUGAGGACGAGUUCGGCUCGAACAGGAACUCACCGAAAGCCGGGCGCUUGAGACCAGGCACUGCUCUGCGCACCAGUAGGCUGAGCAGCUCGAGCGCAGUGACGACAAGCCCAGGCACCAUCACCAUCAAACACAGGAUGAGGGAGCAGGAGGAAUAUAUCAGAGACUGGACAGCACACAGCGAAGAGAUCGCCAGGUUAUUCCCCUGUGUGCGCAGGAUCAGUCAGGACCUGGCUAAGGAUCUGGCCAUUCUGGCACGGGAGAUCCAUGACGUGGCCGGCGAGAUCGACUCGGUCAGCUCCUCUGGCACAGCACCAAGCACCACGGUGAGCACGGCGGCCACCACGCCCGGCUCUGCCAUCGACACCAGGGAGGAGUUGGUAGAGCGAGUUUUUGAUGAAAGUUUGAACUUUCGGAAGAUCCCCCCUGUGGUGCAGACCAAGACUCCAGAGAUUAACGGUAGGCCUGUGGAGCUGCGGCCUCGAGCCCCGGACAGUCUGGAUCCCCAGAAUGCACUGCGAAGGCGCACAUGGAACCGAGAUGAGGUCAGACCGGCUGUGCUAGACAGCUUGCUGCUGACAUCAGUCUCUCAGCUGUCCUCCAAAAUUCGCCAAUCUGUGGACAAAACGGCAGGCAAAAUCAAGAUUUUGUUCAAGGACAAGGACAGGAACUGGGACGACAUCGAGAGCAAACUGAGCACAGAGAGUGAUAUACCACUUCUCAAAACCACUAACAAGGAAAUCGCAACCAUUCUGACAGAGCUGAAGAGGGUGGAAAAGCAAAUCCAAGCCAUAAAUAUCAUGGUUGACCCAGAUGGCACCCUUGACGCUCUUACCAGUCUAAGCCUGGUGAGUCCUACUACACCUAAACCCAAGGCCAGCAAUGGAGCCUCCAAACCCUCCUCUGCCAUCUCUCCUAACAGAGAGAUUCUCAGCCCUGGACUGAGCCGUCCUCAAGCCAGCGGAGAGGCGAGCACCAUUACUAACAAGUGAAGGACAGGAAACUGGACCCCUAAAACUUAAUUCUCUCAAAACUGACUUGUACAUACUGACACCCCCCACCACACACACACACACACACACACACACCACCUCCCCCCUUCCUGCACUCCAUUGGAAUGUUCAUCUUUCUCCAAGUAAAGUGGUUGAAAGUUCCACCUGUGGAUUUGGACAGUGAUAUACAGCGCACCUCCACAAAUUUAGAAAGUGGUGAAGGGCCAUUGAUCUGUGGCGUAUUAUGCUGGACUUCUUCCUAAUGACUCAUGUAAGAACUGACCGCUUGAGCUGCAGGUGUGUACGCUUUCAUCCAGGCAUGAAGCAAGUGGAACUUCGUAAUUCAACUUCAGCAAAUAUGACUCAGAGUGCCUGUCUUCUCUCCUCUGUGAGCAUCCUGUCCUGCAAAUAGCAACCUCUUAUACAGUGACUUUUGUGUUAGACAUCAGUGUCACAGAUGGUGUUGGUUCACGGAAAUGUAAACCUUGAAGGGAAACAUGAUAAGUGUUAAAGCUGAACACGAGCCAGCUCACCAAAGUAAGUCAAAUUCUAUGCGUGCACUCAACAACUGUAAAUUUCAUCCAGUAGAUUUUUUUUGUUUGUUUUUUUCCUGAUUUCUUGAUCACACAAAGUGCAUUCACGAUACUAAAACGAGCAUCUGUGAACUCGGCGAUUUUGGCUUCCGCUAAACAAAGGACUCGACGUUCAUGCACUGAUUUCUUUUAGCAUAAUGUAGAAAAUGUAGUUGUACAAGGUUCACUUAUCAGUUUAUUGAUAAACCGGUUUUGAGAUUUAGCCAUCGUUUCAUUUGCCCUCACAUUAAACAGAGGCGUUUGGAAAAUAUGCAGUAUUAGACGACGUAUUAGUGGAAUACGUCAGGGCUUUGUCAUAUCUCUCAUCUGCCAUGUUCGCGGUGCAUUGUGCUUCUGUGACGUGUGCCUUAGAGCAAAGGCAGCCUUCAUGUUCACGUACAGAAUGUGCUACGGUCAGUCAAACACGUUACUUUGUUUUUAUCUUCAUAAACUUAACGUUCUCGAAUCAGAGUUACAGGGAAUCAGAUACGCAGUACUGAGCGUUAGGCAGUUUUUAUCAGCGGAUCUUAAAAACUGGUUAUUAUUUGAGUUUUUCUAUGAAAGUAUUCCAGCACAUGGUGUAUGUACUGUAUCAUCUUACUCUCCUGUUCACCACUUGCUGCUUGGCUGUGUUUAUGUUCAUGGGGAAGGGCAGGAGAUGAGCUGACUCAGCCUUUCAUUGUGAAUCUGCGUGUCGUAGAGAGACAGAGAGUAGUGCAACUGUCAUUAGGAGCUGCAACAUUAGUGAAGAUAGGUACAGGAAUAUCUCGGCAGUUUAGUAACGAAACUCAUAAUGUAAAGUGUCAUUUUAAUGUUUCUGGACUCCUGUAAGAUAAUGUUGUGUGUGUCAAGAGCCGUACAGGGCAUAAAAAAAAAAAAAAAAACACAAAUCAUAUGCAUCCCACUGCUCUCAUAACAUGAUCAUUUAAUUCAUGUUAAUUCAUGUUAAUUCAAGUAGUAUUUAUAAUACUAUUGUAUGUUUUACAUGACGGGGAACAGAAAACAUGCUCGGUACAGGGUUUUUUUGUUUUUGUUUUUUUGUUUGUUUACAUUUGUGAAAUACAUUUCUUUUGUUCUUUUAAUUGUUUGCUUUUGAUAAACUUAUUUAUUUUUGUUUAAUGCCUUUUAUUAUUAUUUUUUUUUUUUUUGCAGCACAUUUAUUUUAGUAUUUGAAUUUGGUUUUUAGGUUGUUUUUUAUUUGUUUGUUUAAAUUGAAUGUUCUUCACCAUGCUAUCAAAAAAAAAGAGGAAAUAUUCCUGGACCCUUAUUGAACAUAACUGCAUAUAUUCUACCUUUCAAUAAAGUUCUUGAUCUAAAUUA